CAUUCUAGCGAGUCGCGACGCGCCAAUCCUCGCCUUUUCACUCUGCGACAGAAACGAGGCGUGCUUCUGCAUAGGUACUUUUCAGCCAUGGUACCGGCCAGGGUUUAUCUGCAACUAAUUGACUACUGUUCUGCGCUAGAAUGCUUCCACUCUUUGACUCCAUCGAAUUCAUGCGACAUCGGGUCCUUCGAGCAGAGUUUACUCUACUAGGCAGUGCAGAGCAGAUGGUUGGCCAUUUCCGGAUAGAGGACCUACCGAAUGCGAGUGUAGAUCAUAUCCCGCGAUCAUCGCGGGGAAGAUCUUCCGUCAUUUUGGGGAUGUGCUGGUGCCGGGCGCAACAAAGAUCAUGGGGUCAACGACGCCUGAUCUUUCAUUCUUUUUUUUUUAUUGCUUUUGCUUUUUUCCUCGUUUCCGUUCCCCCCCUUUUUUCUGAAUAAUUAUGUAUAUUUGCUUAGAUUUAGGUGGAGUUAGAGAUCUCUGUGGGGAAAACUAACCGUU